AUGCCUUCCGAGGUCUACUGCUACUCCCUUGAUGCGGAAAUCCCAACAAGCAAUGUGGUCACCUCUUCGCAGAUGCUGGCAACAGAGCGAAGUGUUCGAACGCUGGACACCACCCCGCCUAGCUUCGGAACCUUUGCAUGCGAAGAGACGGCUGCCACCGAGGAAACUGACAGCAUCACUGUUACGCUGAGCAUGAACGAAGCUGGACGAGCCUACUGCAAGGUUGUGAACAAGGGCUUCGAUGCGCCCACGCCCAAUGCAGUCAUUGCUGAAGGUUUCUACAUGGACGUGGCCACCACCUCGGCGUUCACGAUUGUCGUCAACCAGAUCACCACCGGGCUGGGUGCGACAGGUCUCGAGCCCCUGAACCGGAAGUGGGACUACGACGUCUACUGCUGGGCCCAGGAUGCGGAGGGCUACCCGUACUACGGCCCAAACGGCAUGGCUGCCUCAGAGGCGUGUCCAAACAAUUUCGUUACCACGCUCGAUUUGACGCGACCGAACAUGCGCUUUAUCAUGGCGGAGUCGGUCUCAGCAAGCCAGAUCAUCAUCACUCUGCAGGUAGACGAAGGCGCAAUGGUCUGGUGUGCAGCUUGGGCAACCGAUCCAGGACUGACGUCCGGCAACUAUGAGACGAUGAUCAAGGGGCAGCAAAGCACCUGUCACGACAGCAAAGGCCGGCAAUGUGGUACUUUCUGGAUCUAUGAUCUGGAUGACCUGGAAGACACUGCAGCCGACGGCGUGUCGACUCAAGCAGAGUAUGAGAGCCUGGACAACUGGAGAUUCAACCAGGACUUCGACAUCAUUGUCAGCGGCCUCUCUGAACAGACGAACUAUCCCUACAUCUACUGCUAUGCUGAGGAUGAUGAAACCGAUGGAGGGAGCAGUGGGCCGGGCAGCGCUCCGAACAAGAUGAUGUGGGACGAUGUGGCCAACGCUCUCCCAAGCAACGUCCACACCAUCUGGGCUGGCAUCGGUACGGUUCAGACCUUGGAUGAGACGCCACCUGAGUUUACGCAGCUCUCCAUAAAGGAUCCUACAGAUGCCAACGACCGACUCGUGGUCACCUUCUCCCUGAACGAGGCAGGAACUGCCUACUGCCGAGCCACGCGGAGCGACUCGGGGGAGACGGACCUGAAGAUCAACCGCAUCUUGUCGGCCAACUACUACCAGAGUGUGAGUGCCGGUGCCACUGUCGGCACAAUCACAAUCGACAAGCUGGAGUCUUCGGACACGCGGACGCUCUACGAGGCUUCUCAGUAUGACGUCUACUGUUGGGCCAUGGACUCGGCCGUGAACACUCAAGGCCUCCCGCGGCCGAACUACAUGACGCAGUCCUACGUGAACACGCCUGUGGGCACCACCCUGGCCCACGCAACGAGCAGUCCCAGCGGCGGGAAGACGCAAUACGUUUGGGUCAAGGACCUGACUCGUCCGUCCAUGAUCUACGUCUCGUCGGGGGCGCUCUCUGAGGAUACGAUCCAGAUUACGCUCCAACUGAACGAGCCAGGCACAGUGUGGUGCAUGCCUACCCUGCCGACUGUGGAUGCCACCUAUGUUGAUGCAGCAGACAUCACCAGCGCAGACUUCAAGGAUAAAAUCACCGGGGCAAGCAGCCCCGUGACGUUUGUGCAGUAUGUGCCGACGGCGUAUACCAACAUCGCCGUGGAAGUUGAACUCCUGUCCAGCCGCAAUGCCCGGACUUCCGAGGCUGCCUACUUGGCCGCCGAAUCGCCCUACAACAUCUUCUGUUUCGCAUCCGAUGAUUGGGACUUCGAGGCCACGGGUGCAACGGAUCAGUCAAUCAACUUCCAGUCUGCCAACGUGGGUGCACCGAAUGAGGUGAUCCAUCAGGAUGUGCUGGACUUCUCCGCUGCAGUUGGACAAGUGAUCACCUUGGACCUCACGCCGCCCACGAUCCAGAUCAACAGCGUGUCAACCACAGAGACCACGAUCACAGUGAACUUGGAGCUGAGCGAGACCGGGACGGCUUGGUGUCAGGCGGUGCGGCAUGGCUUCAAUGUUCCGACCAUCCUGGAAAUCCUCGACAGCAAUUUUACGUCAGAGUAUGUUCACGUUGGCCCUCCCACGGUUCCGGUGGACGUCCAGAUCCUUGGCUAUGACCGCCCGAGGAAUUGGGACCCAACCUACAUGACCCCAUUGCAGCUCGGCACCUACUAUGACAUCUACUGCUAUGCGGACGACGACCUUUGCGUUGGCUGUAAGGUGACAAACGGCGUGUCCUUCAACUAUGUGAGCACAUCGGCUCGUGAGCUGAAGGUUCGCACCCUGGAUCUCACUCCGCCGCAGAUGAGGUUCAUAGCUGCGGAGUCAAUAGCUCGCGACCAGAUCAUCAUCACGCUGCAGGUGGAUGAGGGUGCCAAAGUGUGGUGUGCAGCCUGGGACACAGACCCGUCACUGGUCUCCGCCGGCCAGGACUGGGUUGGCAAUCCGAACUACGUCACGCAGAUCAAGUCCAAGGCAUCUGAUUGCAGCUUGGCUGAUUGCGCUGACAGCUUUGGUAACCAGUGUGGGACGUUCUGGAUCUACGACAUGGACGAUAUAGUUGACGUCAUCAAUGCUGCAGAUGGCGUUACCACUCGUGCUGAAUAUGAGGCCACGACGUGGAAGUACAAUCGGGAUGUCGACAUCAUCCUCAGUGGCCUGAACGAAGAGACAGACUAUCCGUACAUCUACUGCUAUGCCGAGGAUGAUGAGCUGACACCGAACGCAAUGAUCUUCGACAAUUCUGGAAACUCCGGACCCAGGAAUGUCUACACGAUGUGGACCGAAAUCGGCACUAUCCGCACUCUGGAUGCCUUGGCCCCGGGGGCAUGA